UUCCUCUUGACUCUUGAGGGCUCCUCCCAAUUUAUCUUUUUUCAAUUGCUCUUUUCUUUUCCCUUUUUGAGCCGUUGUACCUUUGCUCAUUGCUCUACAUUUUCUGAAAAUCACCAACUUUGCAUUUUUGUCCUCUUCCUCCUAGCUACUUUAUACUAAUUUUUGGGUAUAAAUAUAUGAGACAAAAUCAGAAUAAUGGAGACGAAUUUUUUUGCUACCUGAAUCACUGAAAAAAAAAAGAAAGUGGAUAGAGAUGCACAUAUAGAGAAGGGGAGUACUGAAAUUCCAAGCUUUCCUCAACCCUAGAAGCAAAGAUUAAACUGUCACAAAAAAACUGUCGGAUUUCCUUCCAUGGGUGCUCCUAAGCAGAAAUGGACUGCAGAAGAAGAAGCAGCACUGAAAGCUGGAGUAGUCAAACACGGGGCUGGAAAAUGGCGCACAAUACUUAUGGAUCCCGAGUUCAGUUCCAUUUUGCGUACGCGUUCGAAUGUAGAUCUCAAGGAUAAAUGGAGGAAUAUAAAUGUCACAGCAAUAUGGGGAUCCCGGCAGAAGGCAAAACUUGCCCUUAAAAACAGUCCCCCAGCCCCCAAAACUGACAAUAACCAAUUGGCCUUGGGUAAAGUAGUUCAACGUGAAGACUUUCUCGAUAUUAAGCCCCUGACAAUUUCUGGUGGAACAUUUCAAUCUCCUAAGCCCCUAACAAUUUGUAGUGGAACAUUGCAAUCUCCUAAUUCAAAAGAACAAGUAUCAAGGUUCAAGAACUUUCAGUUGGGAGAUAAUAAUGUAUUAGAGGCUAUUGUCAAUAUGAAGGAGCCAAAGGGUUCUGACAAGGCUGCCAUUGCUUCUUACAUAGAGGAAAAAUAUCAGUGUCCACCAAAUCUUAGAAAGUUAUUGUCAGCAAAAUUGCAGCAGAUGGUGACAAGUGGCAAAAUAGUUCAGGAAAAGCAUAAGUACAAAAUUAUGCCAAGUUCAGCAGUCUCUGAGAAAAGAGGAAGCUCUUCUCUGAUGCUUGUGGAAGCGAGGUCCAAAGAUUCUCCGGAGGUGGAGAAGAUGUGUGAUGUCAACAUCCUUUCAAAAUCCCAAAUUGAGGCAGAGCUAUCAAAAGUGAGGGGGAUGUCAGCUCAAGAGGCGGCUGCUGCAGCUGCAAAAGCAGUUGCAGAGGCAGAAGUUGCCAUUGCACAGGCCGAAGCAGCAGCUAGGGAGGCGGAGAUUGCAGAAGCUGAAGCUGAGGCCGCUCAAGUCUUUGCAAAAGCUGCGAUGAAGGCACUCAAAUGCAAAAUGCUUCAUAUUUGGUAGCUUCCUCAAUGUCGUGGAUUUUCGCUUGUUGAUCAUUGGCCAAGCUGGCUUGAGAUAAUGGUUCUGCUGCUGCGCCUACUGCCAAUUCUUUUUGUAGAUGUACAUAACUUUCGACUUGUAAAUCUGGAAUAUGCGGAACGAUUCAUGAAACAUUUUAUCAGGAGUUAGCGAUAGCUUUUAUUUUACCUUUUCCUUUUUAUUAUUUUAAAAGAAGACAACGAGGGAACACUACAAAGUACCAAGGAAGACCGAUGCAAUGGAACGCUAUUAAUCGUUCUAAUGAGAGAUAGCAAUUUUUCAUUAGUCCUUCAAUUGCAAUUUCGAUUGGCACAUGCGGCCAUGUUUACAUUGCUUGUUCUAAGAUAUUGUUACAUAACUCUUGCUACACAAUAUAUUGACUUGCUUUUGAGAUUUGUCAA